AUGUAACCUGGCCAUUCAAGGAAAAGCCGCACAGUCAUCAGUGCAUGGGAAUGCCGAUGCAUAUAAGGCCAUUGAUGGGAAUCGGGCCUGCAAGUGGACUGUGGGUUCCUGCAGUCACACAGACGAGGAAAUGAACCCCUGGUGGAGGCUGGCUCUGCCCAAAACACACAAAGUGUUUUCUGUUAAGAUAACCAACCGAGAUACAUACCACGAACGACUCGAUAGAGCCGAGAUCCGCAUUGGAGAUUCUCUUGGAAACAAUGGUGCUGAAAAUCCCAGGUUUGCUGUAAUCACCAGCAUCCCGGCAGGUGAAACUGUUGAGUUCCAGGUUCCCAACGGGAUGGACGGCCGCUAUGUUUACAUAGGUGUCCCUGGAAGAAAGGAGCAACUGACCCUCUGUGAGGUGGAGGUGUUUGGCUCUGCGCUGGACGGUUCCUACAGUCACUAAUUCAAUGUAAUAGAUUGGUAAAGAUGCUGUAAUGUGUACACAAAGCAUCUAAAAUAAAAUGUGCAUCUUAAAUAUCAUUGUUCGCAUGACGUCAAGAUUUACUGUUGGAGAUUG